UCCUCCAGCAGCUCCUACAUUCCCAGCAACACCCACAGCCUUACAGCAGCCAAGAUGACGGAUAAUAUUCCCCUUCAACCUGUCAGGCAGAAAAAGAGAAUGGACGGCAAGCACAAGAGAGGGUGCUGUGAUUGUUUGGGCUGUUGUGGCCGUCGGGAACUAAGGCCACGGACUGUCUGGCUUGGACACCCCGAAAAAAGAGAGCAGAGGUAUCCGCGAAACGUCAUCAACAAUCAGAAAUACAACUUCUUCACAUUUCUCCCGGGGAUCCUUUUUAACCAGUUCAAAUACUUCUUCAACCUGUAUUUCCUGCUGCUGGCCUGCUCACAGUUUGUGCCCGAGAUGCGGCUGGGGCCCCUGUAUACGUUCUGGGUCCCUCUGGGAUUCGUCCUGGCUGUCACCAUCAUUCGUGAGGCUGUAGAAGAAAUCCGAUGUUUCAUGCGGGAUAAAGAAGUUAACUCCCAAAUCUACAGCAAGCUGACAACCAGAGGCACUGUCAAAGUCCGCAGCUCAAGCAUACAAGUUGGUGAUCUCGUUAUUGUUGAAAAGAAUCAGAGAAUUCCGGCCGACAUGAUAUUUCUAAGGACGUCAGAGAAAAACGGGUCCUGCUUUCUGCGCACUGAUCAGCUGGACGGUGAGACAGACUGGAAGUUGCGGCUGCCGGUGUCCUGCACACAGAGACUGCCCACAGCAGCGGACCUGCUCCAGAUUAGAGCCUAUGUAUAUGCAGAAGAACCGAAUAUUGACAUCCAUAAUUUUGCAGGAACGUUUACUCGAGAGGACAGUGACCCCCCAAUAAAUGAAAGCUUAAGUAUCGAGAACACGCUGUGGGCCAGCACGGUUAUUGCUUCUGGUACGGUGGUCGGAGUGGUUCUUUAUACUGGCCGGGAGCAGCGCAGUGUGAUGAAUACCUCUAAUCCACGGAGUAAGAUCGGCCUCUUAGACCUGGAAGUGAACUGUCUGACGAAGAUCUUAUUCAGCGCCCUAGUGGUCGUCUCUCUGGUCAUGGUGGCUCUUCAGCAUUUUGCCGGUCGCUGGUAUCUACAGAUCCUCCGCUUCCUGGUCCUCUUCUCCAACAUCAUACCUAUCAGCUUGCGGGUCAAUCUGGACAUGGGGAAAAUUGUAUACAGCUGGAUGAUCCGCAGAGACCCCAAGAUCCCAGGAACUGUGGUCCGAUCGAGUACAAUCCCGGAGCAGCUUGGACGAAUCUCCUACUUAUUGACUGACAAAACAGGGACCCUGACCCAGAACGAGAUGGUCUUCAAACGUCUUCACCUAGGGACAGUGGCUUAUGGAAUGGACUCCAUGGAUGAAGUGCAGAGUCACAUAUUCAGUAUAUACACACAGCCAUCCCAGGAUCCUCCAGCGCAGAAAGGCACCACGACCAAAGUGAGGAAGACGAUGAGUAGCCGCGUUUAUGAAGCUGUAAAGGCAAUCGCCCUGUGCCACAACGUUACCCCCUCCUACGAGUCUAAUGGUGUGACAGACCAGGCCGAGGCAGAGAGACAGUUUGAAGAUUCUUGCCGAGUUUACCAGGCCUCCAGCCCUGAUGAGGUGGCCCUGGUGCAAUGGACUGAGAGUGUGGGGCUGACACUGGUUGGGAGGGACCAGUCUUCAAUGCAGCUGAGGACACCUGGUGGCCAAAUCAUGAACUUUACCAUUCUGCAAAUCUUCCCAUUUACCUAUGAAAGCAAAAGGAUGGGAAUCAUUGUAAGGGAAGACUCCACCGGAGAGAUAACAUUCUACAUGAAGGGAGCAGAUGUGGUGAUGGCUGGGAUUGUGCAGUAUAAUGACUGGUUGGAGGAGGAGUGUGGCAAUAUGGCAAGAGAGGGACUCAGGGUUCUGGUAGUGGCAAAGAAGUCUCUAGCAGAGGAACAGUACCAGGAUUUUGAGGCGCGAUACAUACAGGCAAAGCUCAGUGUCCACGACCGCUCAUUAAAAGUGGCCACUGUGAUCGAGAGCCUGGAAAUGGAGAUGGAGCUGCUCUGUUUGACCGGGGUUGAAGAUCAACUGCAAGUCGAUGUCCGACCCACCCUGGAGACUUUGAGAAAUGCUGGUAUGAAGGUCUGGAUGCUUACUGGAGACAAACUGGAGACUGCAACCUGCACCGCCAAAAACGCUCAUUUAGUGACCAGAAACCAGGACAUCCACAUCUUCCGGCCUGUAACUAAUCGCGGGGAAGCCCAUCUAGAGCUGAAUGCGUUUAGAAGAAAACACGACUGCGCUCUGGUUAUAUCAGGAGACUCUUUAGAGGUUUGUCUGAAAUAUUACGAGUAUGAAUUCAUGGAACUGGCCUGUCAGUGCCCGGCUGUCGUCUGCUGCCGCUGUGCCCCCACUCAGAAAGCUCAGAUCGUGCGCCUCCUGCAAGAACGGACAGGAAAACUCACCUGCGCUGUAGGCGAUGGUGGCAAUGAUGUUAGCAUGAUCCAAGAAGCAGAUUGUGGUGUUGGAGUUGAAGGAAAGGAAGGGAAACAAGCUUCACUAGCGGCAGAUUUCUCCGUCACACAGUUUAAACACCUCGGCCGCCUCCUGAUGGUUCAUGGACGGAACAGCUACAAAAGGUCUGCCGGCCUGAGCCAAUUUGUCAUCCACCGGAGUCUGUGUAUCAGUACCAUGCAGGCUGUCUUCUCCUCCGUGUUUUACUUUGCCUCUGUUCCUCUCUACCAAGGAUUCCUCAUCAUUGGAUAUUCCACAAUCUACACAAUGUUCCCGGUUUUCUCUCUGGUGCUUGAUAAAGAUGUCAAAUCUGAAGUGGCAAUGUUGUAUCCAGAGCUGUACAAGGAUCUAAUAAAGGGCCGGCCGUUGUCAUACAAAACAUUUCUUAUUUGGGUUUUGAUUAGCAUUUAUCAAGGGAGCAUCAUUAUGUACGGAGCGCUGCUGCUGUUUGAGUCGGAGUUUGUCCAUAUUGUGGCCAUUUCCUUCACUUCCCUGAUCCUCACAGAACUGCUGAUGGUGGCACUGACCAUUCAGACGUGGCACUGGCUGAUGAUUGUGGGCGAGCUCCUCAGUCUCUCCUGUUAUAUCGCCUCCCUCGUUUUCUUACAUGAGUUCAUAGACAUUUACUUCAUUACCACGGUGUCCUUCUUGUGGAAAGUGACUGUCAUUACGCUGGUCAGCUGUCUCCCCCUCUACGUCCUCAAAUAUCUGAGGAGGAAAUUCUCUCCCCCCAGUUACUCCAAACUGACAUCUUAGAGUGAAUGUGGUGACCACCAAUGCUGCUUUUAUGGACUAGGGCCGAAGAAGUUUACUGAAAAUGAUCAAUGGUUUCUGAUCAUUCCUCCGUGGGAACAAACAAUACAGGGUUUAUCUCAUAUCUCAAGAGCUAUAGAGAGAGUUAUAUCGUGCCCAACCAAAUGUUAUAGGGCAUUAU